AUGGCAACAAGCACAUCCACGCCCAGCGCGGCGACAUCGCUGGGUGAUGGAAGCAAGGGCCCCGGCACACAUGACUGGAGCCGACACAGGCCGACCAUCAAACGUCUGUACAUCGAUGAGAGAAAACCACUCAAAGAAGUUAUGGAAAUUAUGGCCAGGGAUCAUGGCUUCAUGGCUUCUCUGAAGAUGUUCAAGGUCAGGAUCAAACAAUGGGGGUACUCAAAGAAUAUCAGGACUACGAAUGAGGACAUCGGGACGCUUGUGGACUUGAACAGUGAAAGACAACGCCCUGUUGUACUAGCAACGGGACGCGUAGUGGACCCGAAACGCCUCGCGCAGCAUCUCCGACGCAAGAGAGAGAAUGCGCUACAACUUGCUCCUGGGGCGAGAUCGCUGGCAAGAUGGUCUCCUUCACCACAACCGCCGUCGAUCAGGCCCCCCGAUGUCUUUUACAUUUCCGAAGCCGUUCUGACCCACACGCGCGGCUACAUGAACGGCCAAACGAUUGACGUGGAAUCCGUCCUAGGCCGCAACGUUCACCCAGAAUCCAGACAAAUAACCGAUUCUAUGCAUCUCCUGAGGGGCCUUAUUCGAGGAGACAAGAUGGACGAGGCGGUGGUCUUUCUGAGGCAGGUUCCAGGCCAGAUACGUGCCCUGCUCCGUCACGAGCCUCCCCAAAUUCUCAACAGGAUCUUCACAAUGAUUGUGCAUCUCUUGAGCGUUCCCGAACAACAACAGCAGGUUGGGCGAAUCAUCAAGGCGCUGGUGAACUACACUGCAGCGGCUUCUACUGAGCCAGAAAUGGGCUGGGCUGAACACCACCCUGUUCGCAAGCUCCUCCAAAGCUUAGCCGCCUUAAACGACCAAGAUGCUUUUGCGCUGAAUGACCUAGCCGUGCGAGCGUGGAGAUGUUUGUUAGAAACAACGGACGCCGCACUGGGCACACCAGAAUGCGCCGCGAACUUCCCUAGAUGGCUGGAUAUGGGCGAGUCGGCAGGUUAUGACGCCCUGCCAGGGACAUACCUCGCCGAGAGACAAUGGGGCAUUUGCCGGCAAAAAGAAAUCGAGUUCGGCGAGGGUUCAGUCGAAGCUGCUGCCGAGCUGUUCUACCUAACUGAAUUGGAGCGACAAAGGGCCGAGGCUCGCGGCGACUCCAAAGACCAUUUGAAGUAUCUCCUGGAACUAACACUGCAACGCAUACCGGAGGGCAAGUGCCUGAUAGCAAAGCUGAACUGCGAAGUAUACAUGGCUGAAAUCGCCAAAGAGGAGGGCGACAGGAAGCUCGCUGAAGACUAUUUACGUGCUGCCAUUGACACGAGAAUCAAAAGAGGCGGGGCGAGGGAACUUCUCUUCCACGAGCUCACCAAGCUCGAGGCUUGGUUUAUAGAGUGGGGGGAGGACGCAAAGGUUGCUGAGUUGCAUCCAUGGAAGGAAAGCGUACGUGCUAGCUUGAACGAGACCCCCACGGGAUGA